GGAAGAGAAAGCACUACCUAGAGGGCUGUCUGAGGGGUGGGUGACGAUUCAGGAUGGCGUCUACACUGCUCACCCUGUGAGGACUUUUGAACCACCCAGGGGUGUCCAGCCUUCUGAGAAGGAACCCCAACCAAGGGACAGGGAGACUGUCCUCUCAGCCCAAGCUCCCAGGCCACUCCAGGGAGGCCCAGGUCAGAGACCCUGGCCAGGGCAGGAGGAGCCUAGAGGCCACACACAGAGGACUUGGGACCCUCCAGGGAAGGUGAUGGCCCAAGUCUGCCCAGGGGGCCUCCAAGCUGCAGAGACCACCCUGAAGACUGCCCCUUUAGCCCACAACACUCUGCUCUCUGGGGUCCAAGCUGCAGGUGCCAACCUGCACUCCCAUAAUGCCUCUGUUCCUCCUCCUCCUACUCUCUCAGCUGCUGUGACAGGACGUGACUUCUCAGCCCAAGCCCGCCAUGAUGAGGACGCCAACCAGCAGACCUCCAAUCCCUUGCAGGACCCCCUUCACACCCACAGCAGCCCUGCUGGUCAGAAAACUUCUGGGGGGUCACAGACAAAGGCCCCAAAGCUGGAGCCCACCAUACCUCCAAGGAAGAAACCCCCGGUGCCUCCCAAACCUGCACACCUAGCCCAGAUCCACCCUCCUCAGAGGCUGCCCAAGCCUUCAGCUCUACCUCCCACCUUCUCCUUGGAGAAGAGACAACAAAAACACAAACCAGGUGAGACAGAAGCAGCCAUUCCUCAGCAGGCCAAAAUUCCCACUACCUCAGACCAGGGCUGCAUGCGUCAGGCUGUACGCUCCAGUGGACAGAGCCAUCCCAGCCCCCAAAAUGGCCUCAGCACUGUGGCCUCCAAGGGUCCGGCUGCUGGCAGCAAUGCCGAGAGCCCUGAGCCCCAGAAGCUCAAUGCUCUCAACAAUGACUGCACCUCACCACAGCAGGACUCCAGUCCCCCAGGAGAACAGCCCAUGGAAUGUUCCAAGCAAGGGGCUCUUGAGAACCCUGACAUUCUGCAGGGAAGCCAGCAAGAGCUCCAGGGCCUCCUGAGCCAGGUACAAGCCCUGGAGAAGGAAGCAGCAAGCAGUGUGGACAAGCGUGCCCUGUGGAGGCUCUUUGAGGCUAUGCCCCAGCUUGGAGGGGCUGCCUCCCAGGCUCCUGCUGCUCCCUGCAAGCCCGAGGCCUCGGUGGAGCAGGCCUUUGGGGAACUGACCCGGGUCAGCACAGAGGUUGCCCGACUGAAGGAACAGACCCUGGCCAGGCUGCUGGACAUUGAAGAGGCUGUACACAAAGCCCUUAGCUCUAUGUCUAGCCUCCAGCCUGAGACUAACACUAGGAACCAUUCCCAAGGAUCCCACAAGGACCACAGUGCCCAAAAGAUCAGUGUUGUAGCCAGCAGUAGAGCCAGGCCCAGUUAUUUAGACCAGGAGGUCAAACAGCCAACUGAAGUCAAGAGCCAAGCCAAGGUUGAAUGUCAUACUGAGGACCAGGGUCAAGCCAAUAUCAGAAAUCACGCAGAGGCUAGAGGUCAGGCCACUUCAACUGCUUCUCCCACUAGAAGGCUGGAGACAUUGAGAGAAGAUUCAGGCCUCCCUCGAGUCGUACCUUCCAGAAGAGAUUCACCCUCCUCCCCAACCUUCAUCUCCAUCCAGUCAGCCACAAGGAAGCUUCCAGAGGCUUCCAGCCCUAAGGGCAGCCAUGAUGUCUCAGGGAAAAGCACACACUUGGCUCAAGACAUAGGCCAGGUCCUGCUCCACCAGGAAGGUGUCCAGGACAUGGCUGGGAAACAGGAAGUGGUCACACAGAGCUCUGAGCAGCCCAAGUCUACCCCUACCUCAGAACACCCACUACCCACAGAGCGGCAAAAGAGUGUCCUUGAGUUGCAGACUGUGCCAGGUGGCUCCCAGUGCUAUGGAGCCACAAGAACCGUGACUGAACAGUACGAGGAGGUAGACCAGUUUGGUAACACAGUCCUCACAUCCUCCACCGUAGUCACUGAGCAGGCAGAACCACUCAGGUGUCCCCACCUUGGGGUCCAUGCCUCCCCCUUGCUGAGGCAGUUCCUGCACAGCCCAGAUGGGUUCAACAGUGGCGUAGCAGAAGCUGAGAUGGUGUGGGUGCCCUGUGGCCACUCCCAGCCAGCUGCCCAUUGAGCACCUUCACCUCCCACCCAUCACUGGGGUGCCUCCCUCCAGGGCCCCAGGCAUAAGGUAGGUGCUUCCCUCCUGAACACGUAGGGCAAGGACCAAGAAGAAAGGGCAACUUCUUAGGAUUGUUGAGGACUGUUUCUCUUUUGUCAGUUCCAUCAAUAUUCCAACUUCUUGCAAAAAAAAAAAAAAAAAAAAAAAAGGAAAGAAAGAUCGAGAAGAGGCCCACCACGUAACAGAGGCAUGGGGUGAGGCCCGCCGACCCCGCUUAUAGAAGAUAUGACAUGUACGCACGCUGCUCACACAGACCUGGCCCAAGCUUGACAUGUGUGCAUCUGCACAUCACUGCCUACAGAGUUGAAGCCCCCAGGAGUGUCCCUCCAUCCUCAGCCUGAAUUUCUUUUAUUGGAAUUCUGAAUGUUCUUAGCCUUCUGCUUUUUAAUCCCUGGAGAAACCUAACUGACCACAGUACUGGUCUCUGUUAGGAAUUGGUCCAAGAGAUCCAAAAGGGCCUGGCCUCAGUCCCUCCAUCACCACCUUCAUCAUUCAUCUGGUCAUUCUGGUGACCCAAAGGUCACAUGAAAAGAAUUAGCACUCAACAGUGCCCCUAAGAGCCAAAUUCACUGUCUUUCUCUCUCCCCCUUCUGCCCACUGUCCCUGAAAGGUACAGUCUGAAUAAACCGAAAUUUGAUUCUGUA